UUUCAACCCCAAACGUUUCGGAAAAUGUUAAAGAUAGCUUUUGUCAAAGGCAGUUAAAAUAACCUUCACAUCUUCCAAUGACAGGGACUGUCUGUGCCUAUACGGUUUAUGGUCUGUGCACUGAUCAGAGCAUGCAUUUGUAGUAUGCAUUUGUAGUAGCUGUCAUCAUUUCCACCUGUACAGUACAUUUAUUAGCAAACCUUGAUGGAUCAUCACUAAUACAAGCAAUAAAUAACAUCUACUUCACUCUCAUCAAAACUAGACAGCAGUGGGUUGAUAUUUGAUCUGCUUUUGCUGUAUUUGUUUAGAAACAGAACUGCUACUUAUUUACAAUAUCACGCGGGGUGGAGCCUUGCAGUCCAAACAUCAACAACUGUUCGUGACGUGUACAUGUUCUGCCACUGUGAGUGGUGGAGUUGGUGACGCUAACGCGCAAGUCAAUUUGGCGCCCUUUGGGCUAGACGAGUCAGGCGGGAUUUUUGGAAGACUGAAGCCAAACCUCCAGUGUACCCAAAAUACGGAAUUAUUGUUUAUAUGUGUGUUUAAUUCGUCGUUAGUAUCUAGAAUUGACUUUGCAGUUACAUGUUAAAACUUCGUUGUAGUUUCGUUACGCGUUUUGGGCAGCUUGCUAGCCGACUUUUUUCCAACUAAGGUUAGCCAUGUCAUCCAACAAUAGUCGGAUAUAGCUAGCUAGCUAGAUAUUAUAUUAAGAUAUUUAUUUCCCUAGACAGACAGUUAGAUAGCAAGCUAUCAACUUUGCCACACAAUGACAGUCCGCGUAGCUUAGAGGUUGUGUCUUCUAGAGGGAUCAAGGAGAAGAGCUGGUCAGUGAAAUUAUGGCUGGUGUCGUUGCUAUGGCAUCUGCCAUUGAAGAUUUUGAAACUCCGCCAUGCAAGAGAUCAUGCAAAGAUGCCCAUGCUCCUCCUGUCAAGAUGAUCACAAACUACUUUUCCCCUGUGCCCAAGCCCAUGGAGAAACCAUUCUCCCCACCCAGGUCCAACAACAUCAUGGAUUACUUCAGCCGGAAGACCACACCAGUUAGAGAGAAAGGUAGUACCCCAGAGCAGACUAAGGAGAACCGCCUGGGGCCCCAGCCCUCUGAAUCACCAGCCAGCCUAGACAGCCCUGUGAGGCUGCCAGCCAAGCCCCGUCAGAAACAGGGCAGGAAACCCAGCAAAGUUGCCCGGCAGUUACAGGAGGCUGAUGCUGAUGCAGGUUCCACUGAGACGGAGGAGUGUGUGGUCUUAGAGGGGCCAGGAGAUGGUGAGGGGUCAGAGGGCAAUGUAGUCAGCAGCAGCUGUGGCUUCCUGGGUAGUGACACAGCUGCCCUGCUGGCCCAGUUCAGUGCUGAUGCUGGCAUGGCUGGAGACACCUGUGGUAAGAAUGACCCUGGCGCGGCAUGUCCUGAGAAGGCUCAAAAAGACAAUCAUCCCAAGGUGUACUGUAAAAAAAGGGCUCCUCUGAAGAAAAAGGAAAGUUGUGACGGUUCUCCUAAAAUUCCUAGAAAAGACAAGGUGACUGUCAGUAAGGCUAAAGCCAAGCAGCAGGAGGAUAAGGAAACAGAGGAGUAUGUGCCCGAGAUCCAGGAGGCUGAGCUCUCUUUGUGUGAUGCAAGCUUAGAGGUGAACGUGGGAGAGGCGUCUCAGUUGAAUGGGAGCACCGUCACCAUCUCCUUUGAGGACUUCCUGCAGACUCAGGGCCAGGGAGAGGAGAAAGUGGGAGAGAAAAGCAGAGUCGACCCGGAGCCAGAAGACAUGUUGGAUGUACCCAAAGCCAAAGAGCUUUGUCCCCUGCAGAUAUCUCCUCGAACCCUCACCAUCCAAGCUGAGGUGCACACCAUUUCCCCCGGCCACGAGCCAGUCCUGGUUGCAGAGAAAAAGAUUGCCUCCAUCUUCUCCAGGGAAAAAGAGGGGAGCCUAGCACCUGUAGUGGUGAAGACUGCUUCCUUUCCUCAUCCCCAGUCUAGACUGGAGCUGCUGCCUGCCCCCAAAAGGAGGUCCAAUGUGGUCCUUCAGGAGGAGGACCUGGAGCUCAGUAUCGUUGAGUCUGAAUCAUCCACUCCCAAGUGCAGCCAGACUGAGCGGAAGCAGUUCAUGAGUGCUUUCAAGCAGCCAGCCAAGCCCGGCAAGGGCCCUGGGAAGCAGCCUGUGGACAAGGCCUUGGGGGAGGCUGUGGAGGAGGAGAACCACUCUGCUGCUCCAACAGAGGAGCAGACAGGUAAAAAUGCAGCUAAGAAGAAACCGCAGAGACGAGGGAGGAAGAAGGCCUUGGAGCAGGAGUCAGUUCCCUCACCCGCGGCACAAGAAGACCAUGUUCCCAUGGAGACUGACGCUGUGGAGACUGAUUCUAAACCCAAAGGGGAGUCCAACACUGAGGCUAAACCUGAAGCAGAGCCCACCACCUCCACACCAACAACAGUCAGGAGGUCCACCAGAGAAGCCCCUUGCAGGCAGAUACCUGUUGUUGAUCCAGUAACCCCAGUGAGGAAAACAAAAAAAGAAAGGGUGAAAGAUGUUGCAGCAGUCACCGUGGACUGCCCUGUCCAGAUGUCCACCCCGAAGUCAGACAAGUCCAGACACAGGGUGUUCAGAGCACAGAUGGUUUGUCCACCAGACAAGACAGGAAGUCCCAUCAGGAUGAAAUUUACCAGAGUCGUCUUCCUAAGCUCUGCAUCAAAGUCUGAGGGUGGAAGUGAUUUUGAAAUCCUAAGUCCCCUAGCUACUAAGGAAUCCAAUGCAUCGAAAAAGAGAGAAAAGGCAAAGAAGUUGGUGGAGAAAGCCCGGGAGAUACAGCAGAGUAAAAAGGCCUCAGCGGAUAAAGAGGGUCAGAGGUCUUUCCGACGCUCCACCCGGAGACAGGGCAAGAAGAGCUACAAUGAAGAUGAGGACUCAGUGGUUUGUGUGGAGGAUAGCCAGGAUGGCUCUGCUCCGACUGCCAAGGAGAAGGGAACAGCUCGGAAACGCAGUCUAAAUGAUGUAUUGGGGAAAAAAGCACCUGCCAGCAAGGAGGCCAAUAAUCCAGCAGUGGCUCCCAUGUUCCUUGGGAAAAAAGCACAGAGGACAUCAGUCAUAUCCAUCUUUGAUGAUCGCAGCCGUGAUGCUUCAGAGAACUCUCAGGAUGAUGAACAGUUCCGAGCCCGCAGAGAGUUCCUGAAGAGUGGCCUCCCAGAGUCCUUCAAGAAGCAGAUAGCCAAAACCGUUGCCACCAAUGAGGCCUACGCAGUCUCCUGCUCCUCCUUCCAGCCUGUAGUACACGUGCUGCAGACGUCACAGGAGUGUCCUCUCUGGAGUCUUCCAUGGCCUGUUUCUCCUCGCUUACACUUCCUGAAGGAGCUUCGAUGUCUACCAUCAAACCAGCUUCCAUCCCUCGAUAGUUCCACUUGCUGUAAGACUGAGCCAGCAUCCAGAGCGCACACUGAAAGGAGGUCUGGCUGGCGAGAAGAUUUCUCUGAGCCCAUUCGUAAGCUCCUAAUGGAGGAGAUCAGUGCAUCCAACCCUCCUUUCCCCGUCCAGCGGUUUCUCACACGCUUCCUGAAGAGGCGGGCGGACCACCUCCAGGAAUGCACAGCUUCAGAGGCAGACCCCAGUACCAAACUCGCCAGCAGUGCCCCAGCAUCGACAGAGCCUGUGGGGGGAAAGAGGAAGAGAGUGGAAGAGGGUGAGGGGGCAGUGGGAAAUGUGGCCAAGAAGCAGAUGUCCAGGAGGUCGGAGAAGAAGAUCAUUGUGAUCGACGGGGACACCAUCUCCCCCGAACCUGAGCCACCCAGGAGGGGAGGGCGAGGGAGGAGGCGCAAGCAACAGGAGAACGAGGAAAUGAAAACACCACUCCCCUCCCAAAAGGACCCUGUGGUACUCCUGGAGGACUCGCCACUGGCUAGCAACUCUGUUAAAGAUGACUCCGUAAAAGAGGAUGUGUUGUGGACAGAGAAGUACCAACCGCAGCACUCCAAUGAUGUCAUAGGCAACACUGCCUCAGUGAGGAGGCUGCACAGUUGGCUGAGGGAAUGGAAGCUUAGAGCUGACAGGGAAGAGAGGAAGAAACAGAAGGAAAAGAAACAGGAGGAAAAGAAACAGGAUGACGACAGCAAUGACUCAUGGGACACUGAAGACGGGGACUCUCAGGAGGGGGAAGACUUUAUGUGUAACACCCUGCUGAUCACUGGUCCCACGGGGGUCGGCAAGACCGCUGCCGUUUACGCCUGCGCCCAGGAACUCGGCUUUAAGGUGUUUGAGGUGAAUGCGUCGUCCCAGCGGAGCGGCCGUCAGAUCCUGUCCCAGCUGAGGGAGGCCACCCAGUCCCACCAGGUGGAUAUCCAGGGGGUCAACGCCCAUAAGCCGUGCUACUUCAGUAGCUCCACCGCCAGGCCUGGAUCCUCACCACGGAAAGUGUACUCUCCUCGAAGGGUGGUGUCCUCCCCCAGGAAGUCCCCCCGUGGAGCCACGAGGGGAGGCCUGGCCCCCACCUCCCUGGCCAACUUCUUCAAAAUGGGCCGACCUGGUCCCACCAACAAGGAACCUGCCAGUGCCAGCCAAGACCAGAAGCAACCAACCGCUGUUCCCAAGAAGACCAGUAAAGCCAAGGAGAGUUCCAGUAAGACUGAAGAGCCUCAGAACAGACCAGCAGCAGCAGCCAUCACCAAGGACUCCUCCAGUGAAGAGCAGAGCAAGAAGACAGCCACGUCACUCAUUCUCUUUGAGGAGGUGGAUGUCGUCUUUGAUGAUGACUCUGGGUUCCUGGCUGCCAUCAAAACGUUCAUGACCACCACCAAGAGACCGGUGAUCCUCACCACCAGUGAUCCCACCUUCAGUACCAUGUUUGAUGGCAACUUUGAGGAGAUCCAUUUCAAAACCCCCUCAGUGGGGAAGGUGGGGAGCUACCUGCAGCUGCUGUGCCUGGCUGAGAACAUGCGUACGGACGCCCGCGACGUCUCCUCUCUGCUCCACCUGAACGGUUGUGACAUCCGCCAGAGCCUUCUGCACCUGCAGUUCUGGAGCCGUUCCACAGGGGGGCGGAAGCUAUCCCGUCCCCUCCCAGACUCAGCCCCCACAGUGACACAACUCCAGCCAAAGACAAAGGAAACUGCAGGUGGCUCUGUGGUGAGUGAGGGGGUGACUCCAGCAGGACCCCUGCCCCCCUGUGACACAGGCUGCACAGAGAGCAUGCUGGGGCUUCUGAACAUGGAGCCAGAGAGGGAAAUGCAGGAUCUGUUCAAGAGCCAGUCCACAGUGGAGCCAGGUUGCUGGGAGCUGCUGACCACCAGCAAGAGGAGAGGAAUGGACCUGCUCUACUCCAACAUGGAGGCCCUGCUUCCCCUACCCACCACACACCUCACUGUCACAACCCACAGGCGGCCACAGGAAGUGAGCAACCGGACACAGGAAGAGUCCAGCGCUGAUCCACAGGAAGUAGCCACUAGUAUGAAUAGUAUAAAGCCAGAGAUUGAUCCACCACUACCACCUCAGACUGAGGUUGAUCCACUGCCCCACCCCAGGCUCCAGCAGGUGGCAGAGGGGUCAGAGACAGACGGGAGCCUGGUGAAGGUGUCCUCUAGAAUGAAGAAGAAGAAGAAGAAGCAGCUGGGUACCCGAGAGGACCUGGACCCCUUUCACUCAGACUCUGAUUCCGACGACGCCUUCCUCUCCCUCCACACUAAACCACCUCCCAACCCCCCUCAGACACAGACGGAAGGGGAGGACAGUCAGGACGUUUCUACCAGCAACAAGGUUGAACUAGAAUCUGUGAAGGCCAGAGAGGAAGAGGUAAAGGAGAAGGCCCCUCCCCCUGUGAGGAUGAGGGUGCCGCUCACCCCGGAGCAGAGGAUGAAGAGUGAGCCUGUGUCCCACUGCCUGGGCUCCCUGGCAGAGUUCCUCGACCACAUGUCCCUCCUGGACUCCUCCCUUUGCCACCACACCUCACCUGUAGGUGGUGCCAGACACACACACAGGACGUUCGGCCUGAGAGCCGAGACUAAAGACGGGAUGAAUGACGAGCCCAGGGAGGAGUGCCAUGGAGGGAGCUGGGUAGAGGGGGAGAGAGCGGGGGAGAUCCAGGCUGCUGUGGAGGCUCUGAGCUUCCAGAGGUGCAGGGCUGGGGUGGAGGAGGCGUGGGGUAAAGCUCAGGGUCUAGAGGGGGAACUGGGGAAGGAGGCUGUGAACGAGCUCACACUCCCUGUGGCCCCGCACAGACAGGGCUUCAGACUCACCCAGGACAGCCCCUGUGAACCAAAAGUUCUCCAGAAGAGGAGGGAGGUGAUGGACAUUCUACCCAGCCGAGUGGCAGGGACGCUGGGUAACAGACCUGCUGCAGCCCUGGACUUCCUUCCCUUCCUACGGACCAUCUGCCGAUCAGAGACGCUCAAGGAGCAGUUCAAGGUUAAACGCAGGUUCCUCCACUACCUGGAUGCCAUUCACCUGGGCCUUCCCAAGGACACUCUGCAAUACCUAGCAAAGGACUUCCCUUGAACUAGAGAGAAAUGCACUGGUGUUUCUCAAAUAGAGGGUUUAAGGACAUUCAGGUUGCCCAUUUUGAGGCUUGAUGACAGUAUGAAAGCAAUCAUUAGCUGGGUUAAUGUGAUCCUAACUUGAGUCAUAUUCAUUAGGUACCGAAUGGAAGAAAUCUGACACAAGGAGGGAGGGACUGACUACCUAAGCUUGUCGAAUUAGAAGGCUAGUUUUCUUUCUUAUCCCAUUGCAAAACGUUUUGCUACGGUGUGCCCUAAUGAAUACGACCCCUCAAUUGCUACUAAAAGUCAAUGACCAGAAAUCUGCGGAUCAAUUCCCUCUUGGGACCUGGAGUGAGGUUCAUCAUGGAUCCCUUUAAAGAGUGCUGAAACACUAUUCACCUCUUCAAUAUGCAUUUGUACUGUAAUAUAAAAAUGGGAGUGUGUAAAUGUGUAUCAGUACAUUUUAUAUUUGUGGCUUUUACAAAGAUGUGCCUGUUUUUGUAUUCUGCUGUGCAUUUGGCAAAGUGUUUCAUGAACUAAUAAAUUCACAUGUUAUAUGCUGA